AUGAACCCGUACACUCUGACCCCGUACGAACAACUGACUACGAGCCGGACACGGUCUUCUCAAAGCCAUGCACAGGACUCCUACAGCCCACAAACACGAGAUUUCACAUCACAGAACCCGUACAAACUUACCCCAUACGGCCGACUGCCUACGGAUCCGCAAAGUUCGACUCGAGGCUAUGCACAAAGUUCUCACGAUACACAAACUCGAGGCUCCACAGAGCAGAACCCGUACACACUGAGCCCGUAUAACCCGCAACCUACACCUCGGGCGCGAGCAUCUCCCAGUCACAGACCCACAGCUCUAAACGCGCAGUCUCAGCGUCCCACCACGAGAAGAGUAGACAGCGCACAGAGCUACUUCUCUCUCGCCUCAAUCCCCGACAACGCCGAUGCCAACACCCCUACUCUUACACGUCCGCGACCGCAUGUAGAGCCCUCCCCGCCCCGCACAGCCAUCCACAUCCCACCGCAGCGCACCCAGACGCAGCGAGCACGGGAACCACCGCGCCAGCGCCUACCGCAACCCAUAACCUCCACAUCCGCUCCGAAGCCCUCCUUCCUUAACCGCGCGCUCAGCCACACACGGCCACGACCGCGGCCGCCACCACAGCAGGAGAAAUGGGGCCUCUGUGCAGACGAGCCCGUCGAGCGCGAGGGGAAUGCGAACUGGUACCUGAGCCCAGAGACACAGAUGUGGUUGCCGGCACAGUGGCUGAGGGAGGGCGUUUUUGAGAACCCGAGGAAGCCGCCUGAGGUCCCGAGGAGGAGGGAGAGGUAG